AUGGCAUCAAUUAUUAUCGGUUCACAAUGGGGAGAUGAAGGUAAAGGAAAGUUGGUAGAUAUUCUCUCACAGGAGUUUGAUGUAGUCGCUCGUUGUCAAGGUGGUGCCAAUGCUGGUCAUACCAUCGUUGUCGACGGUAAGAAGAUUGCACUUCACUUGAUUCCAUCUGGUAUUCUCAAUGAGCGUGCCACUUGCAUUCUCGGUAAUGGUCUCGUCAUCCAUUUGCCAACCUUCUUCAAGGAAGUCGAAGGUUUGAAAGCAAAGGGUAUCAAAUACGAAAACAGAUUGUUCAUCUCUGAUCGUGCUCAUCUCGUUAUGGAUGUUCAUCAAAUCGUCGAUGCUAUGAAGGAACAAGAAUUACAAAAUGGAUCAUCCAACGACAGUAUUGGUACCACCAAGAAGGGUAUUGGACCCGCUUACAGCAGCAAGGCAUCAAGAGGUGGACUUAGAGUUUGCGAUCUUUUCCAUUUCGAACAAUUCAAGAAGAACUAUGCUCGUCUUGUUGAAAACAAGAAGAAGAGAUUCGGUAACUUUGAAUACGAUAUGGAAGAAGAAUUCAAGAGAUACGAAAAGUUUGCAGAGAUGAUUAAACCAUUCGUUGUCGACACUGUCUACUUUAUCAACAAUGCCUUCAAGGAAGGAAAGAAGGUGUUGAUCGAGGGUGCUCAAUCAACAAUGCUCGAUCUCGACUUUGGUACCUAUCCAUACGUCACCUCGUCGGCUUCUUCGGUCGGUGGUGCCUGCACUGGUUUGGGUAUCGCACCAAACAAGAUCGUCAACCAAAUCGGUGUCGUCAAGGCCUACACCACCAGAGUCGGUGCCGGUCCCUUCCCAACUGAGUUGCACGGUGAUGAAGCCGAGGCUCUCAGAAAGGAGGGUGGUGAAUACGGUACCACCACCGGUCGUCCAAGAAGAAUCGGUUGGUUGGAUAUCGUUGUACUCCGUUACACCGGUCUCAUCAACGACUUUACCGAGCUCAACUUGACCAAGUUGGACGUUCUCUCCAAUACCGAUGAAAUCAAGAUCGGUGUUGACUAUAAAUACAAUGGUGAAAUCAUUAAAUCAUUCCCAUCUUCAUUAGAAGUAUUGUCACAAUGUGAGGUUGUAUAUGAAACCUUCAAGGGUUGGAAGACCAGUCUUGCUCACUGCAAGACAUAUGAGGAAUUGCCAAGCGAGGCCAAGACAUAUAUUUCUCGUAUUGAAGAACUUACCGGUCGUAGAAUCAAAUGGAUCGGUGUUGGACAAGACAGAAGCUCAAUGAUUACUAAAUAA